UAGCUACAGCUGCGGCUACGGCCAAGCCAUCACGCAACAUCACGCAAAGUGUUGGCCGCUUUGAAAGCACUAUGAUGGGUUCCCAUCAAAUUGUGGCACGACGAGAAGCAGCUUCUCACCAUGGCGAGUGAGCGCACGCCGCUCAUUCAGAGCGUGCCAGCAGAAGAGCGAGAGCCUCGAUAUCCUCACAAUCGUGUUCGCCGAGCUUGUACGAUUGCUCUUACCUGCGCCGUUAUUGCCCUUGCUGUCGUGUUUCUCGGAGCUGCACUCGCUGGAAAUACAGGACUUCUUGGAGAUCACAGAACGGACGCUUCUACCGAACACUUUGCUACAGCGGAGAUUCUGCUUCACGAAGCAUGGCCAGAGUCCGAAGGGAUCAGCUAUGAGCAGCUGAAGAAGACGCUGUUGGAGACACCAGAUGGAAAGAAGGCACGGGAAUGGAGCCAAUAUUACACAGCGGGACCACAUCUUGCCGGCAAGAACUUGAGCCAGGCUGAAUGGACAAAGGACAAGUGGAUCGAGUUUGGCGUCCACUCGGCGGAGGUCGUUGCCUACGAUGUCUACAUCAACUAUCCCCUUGACCAUAGACUUGCUCUGCUCAAGGAUGGCCAGGUCGACUUCGAGGCGACCUUGGAAGAAGAUGUCCUUGAAGACGAUCCGACGACCAACUUGACGGACAGAGUGCCAGUCUUUCAUGGCUAUUCGGCGAGCGGCAAUGUCACUGGGCAGUUCGUGUUCGCAAACUAUGGGUCUUAUCAGGACUACGAAGAUCUGGUCAACGCGGGCAUUGAUCUGAAGGGAAAAAUCGCACUCGUCAAGUAUGGUGACAUCUUCCGGGGCUUGAAGGUCAAGCGUGCAUCAGAGCUUGGCAUGAUCGGUGUGGUCAUGUACAGCGAUCCCGGCGACGAUGGCGACAUCACCGAGGAGAAUGCCGUGGCACCGGGUGAUCCAACCACUCCUGGCUAUCCUUCGAAGCCUGGUGCUCCUCGCGAACCAGUAGACGGCAAAAUCCCAGACAUUCCCUCUCUUCCAAUCUCGUACAAGGAAGCUCUGCCACUUCUCAAGGCCUUGAAUGGGCAUGGACCAAAUGCCUCUUCUUUCGGCUCUUCCUGGCAGGGCGGCGGUCUCGAGUACAAGGGCGUUCAAUACAACAUUGGUCCUUCGCCAGAAUCUGUCACAAUCAAUCUGCACAACGAGCAGGAGUAUGUUACGACACCGCUCUGGAAUGUGAUCGGAGUCAUUAAUGGUACCAUCUCCGACGAAGUGAUUGUCAUCGGUAACCAUCGUGAUGCUUGGAUUGCUGGGGGCGCCGGCGACCCGAACUCAGGCAGUGCAUCUCUCAAUGAGGUCGUUCGAUCUUUCGGUAAGGCUCUAGCUGCAGGUUGGAAGCCGCACAGGACUAUCGUCUUCGCAUCGUGGGAUGGCGAAGAAUAUGGUCUCAUCGGCUCCACCGAGUGGGUUGAAGAAUACCUCCCUUGGCUGGCUGGGACCACUGUCGCAUACGUCAACGUCGAUGUUGGUGCUAGCGGGCCACGAUUCAAAACAUCUGCUGCGCCGGUGUUGAAUAAAGCAAUAUACGACGUCACAUCACAAGUCCAGUCUCCGAACCAAACGAUCAAAGGCCAAACAGUCCGCGACCUCUGGAAUGGUCAUAUCAGCACUAUGGGCUCAGGAAGUGACUUUACCGCCUUUCAGGACUUCGCUGGCAUCUCGUCUAUCGACGUCGGCUUCAGCCCUGGACCUACAGACGCCGUCUAUCACUAUCACAGCAACUACGACAGCUUCCACUGGAUGGACAACUACGGCGACGUCGGCUUUCAGUACCACGUCACCAUUGCCAAGAUCAUCUUGCUCUUGGUCGCAAAGCUUGUCGAAGAGCCCAUCGUUCCACUCAAUGCCACCGACUAUGCGAUCGGUCUUGCCAAGUACAUCGACAGCGUCAAGGCUGUUGCUCAGGAUAGCAAGCUAGACUUAUCCACCCUUUCAGAACCUUUCGAGAAGAUCGAUGAAGCCAUCGCCCACUUCAAAGACGCUUCAAUCGAGUUCGACGCCAGUGCCGAAAGGCUCGUCGAGCUGAUAAGCCAGCCCUCAGUCUCAAGUAAACGGAAGCAGAAACUCUACGAAGCCAUCAAGACCACGAACCAAAAGUACAAAUUCCUUGAGCGACAAUUCCUGCAUGGAGCCGGCUUGGAUAGCAGAAGCUGGUUCAAGCAUGUUGUCUUUGCGCCAGGUCUCUGGACAGGUUAUGCUGGAGCCACGUUUCCAGGUCUGGUGGAGGCUUUGGAGGCGCAUGAUGGUGUUGCUGCGAAGAAGUGGGUGGGCAUUAUCACGGGGAGGAUUUAUGCUGCUGCGAAGCUUUUGCUUAAGCAGUGAACUGGGAUGGAUCGAGGUGGUGGAGAGGUGGUUUAAAUGAGUGAAUUUGAUGGAUAGAGAUUUUGAUGAUGUCUAUGAGAGAAGAUAUGAGGUUUCAGGUGAGAUAACGCUCAAAGUCACAAAUUUUGCUGAAAAUGGG